AUGUUCCCCUCUCCUCAUCAUGUUCAAUUCCUCCCGGACUGGAGCCCAGACGGAGUCCAUUGUGCGUACAUCCUAUUCCCGACUGAUGGAUAUCCGACCCUGCUGACGCCAUUUGAUGUCCAUGUCUCAGACUAUGACGAUUCGCAGCAUCUAGCGAUGAGCACCAUGCCGUCAACACAACAGCCAUUUGUUGCUAGCGGGGAAUCCGAUCAUUCAUUGGCGCCUGUAGUUCCAGGUCUACUCUUUGAACCUUCUUUUACUCAGACGAACGACGGAGACAGCUCGGUUCACAUUCUGUCUCAGAUGCCUGAGUUGGACGGCGUUGGAUACUUUUCUAUGCACAUGCCGCAUUUCAGAAACGCCCAACCAUAUGAACCGACCACCUUGAGAGGCAAAUUACCUCAAACACUACACACAGGUUCCACUCCUGACGAAGAGUAUGCAAGGACACCUGAUUUCUUUCCCGCUGACAUCUCGGGAGAGCGCAUGUUCCAGAACGUCUCCUUUGCAACUCCACCUCGACCAGGCAACUCGUUCACUCCCGACGCAAAGGUCAUUCAAGGGGGUACAUAUGCGUCUGACUCCGUCACCUCUCCUGAGGACUUUGCGGAUAUCGACCGGAGUGGCGAGGUUUUGUCUCAUGUCGAGCCACAAGCAAUGGGGCCCUUGACAGAGCCACCGUCCCAGGGACGCUUUCAUUCCAAUAGUACAAAAAAUCAACCACCACUCACUAUGGAGAGUGAUUUCGUCACACGCAUCAUGCAAGUCCUCACGCCGGACGACCGUGAUCUGGUGAAAGACAUUGUUGGAGCUCCAUGGUACCGAAACAAGAAAGAUGAGCAGAUUCUGGGCAGAUACAGAGAAAGGCUCCGAAAAUUGCCCUCUGGUGGAACGAGCGCGAGCGUUUUCUCCCUUUUUAUUAUUCGUGGACGGAAGAACCGCUGCACGAUAUGUGAAGCGCUAGGCGAAGAUUGGGAGGGCGACUGCUGCCUUGACCGCACCCUCGGACAUGUACGCGAGCACUUCAACUGGUAUCCCGUCGAUGGUUACUCGUGCGAGACGAAGAAGCGGGAGGUCGAGAGAGUUCGCAAGAUUAAUUCCAAGCCUCUUAACUGCAAAGCUUGUGGUCGUCGUUACACUUAUCAGAAUGAGGCGCGCCAUAAGCGCACAUGCAUGGGCAUCCAGGUGCUCGCAAAGGAGGUUAUACCAAGGAAGGCCCCGAAAGGAAAAAGGACCGCUCGCGUACCCCCUAGCCCCGAUUCUUGA